GGGGACGAAACGUUUCGGCUAGCAAGAUGGCAGUGAAAUCCGAUGGCGUGGGGGUCGUUACCGGGUUCGCGCAGCUGGAUGAGCAGGAUGAAACGACGGCAAACGACGACGAGCUGGACAGCGCGGCCAUCCACAUCUGCCAUUGCUGUAAGUCGUCGUCGUGUUACUGGGGCUGCCGGAGCGCGUGCCUGCGCUCCCUCACGAGGAAGGGGAACCGGAGAGGAGGAAGAGGAGCGGAGGAGCGCCUAUGGCUGGACUGUCUGUGGAUCGUGCUGGCCAUGCUUGUGUUCUUUUGGGACGUUGGCACGGACGUUUUGUUGGCCGUGGAUUACUAUAGGAAGAGGGACUAUGCGUGGUUCGGGCUCACGCUCUUCUUCGUGCUCGCUCCGUCCGUGCUCGUGCAGAUCCUCAGCUUCAGGUGGUUCGUGCAGGACUACACGGGCGGAGGCCUCGGUCCGGUGCAGGGUCUCAGCCGAAGAGCCACCGCUGGACUGAGCGCAGGCAAGUACGGCAGACAUGCAUGCUGCCACAUCUCCAUCUGGACAUGGCAAGUGCUGGUGCAUCUUCUACAAAUGGGCCAAGUGUGGAGAUAUAUUCGGACUAUGUAUCUGGGCAUCCAGAGCCGGCGUCAGACCAGACACAGACGGAGAUUCUAUUGGGCCAUGAUGUAUGAGUAUGCUGAUGUCAACAUGCUUCGGCUGCUCGAGACGUUCUUAGAGAGUGCUCCCCAACUGGUGCUACAACUUUGCAUUAUGAUCCAGAAGAACCGGGCUGAGACUUUGCAGUGUGUCUCUUUAUUAGGCUCGCUGAUGUCUCUGUCCUGGGUGUUAGCUUCCUACCAUAAGCUCCUGAGGGACUCCAGAGAUGACAAGAAGAGCAUGAGCUAUCGAGGGGCACUGGUUCACAUCUUCUGGAGGCUCUUCACCAUUUCUUCACGGGUGCUCUCCUUUGCUCUCUUUGCAUCCAUCUUCCACAUCUACUUUGGCAUUUUCGUGGUGAUGCAUUGGUGUGCCAUGGCCUUCUGGAUUGUGCAUGGAGGCACUGAUUUCUGCAUGUCCAAGUGGGAAGAGGUGCUAUUCAACAUGGUAGUUGGCAUUGUCUACAUAUUCUGCUGGUUUAAUGUGAAGGAAGGCCAGACACGCUACCGGAUGAUGAUCUACUACUUUGUGGUGCUUGCCGAGAACACGGUGCUCACUUGUCUGUGGUACGCCUACAGAGACCCAACCACCACAGACUCUUAUGCAGUGCCAGUCCUGUGUGGCGUUUAUCUAAGUUUUGCCUCAGGAGUGGUCUUCAUGGGCAUCUACUAUGGGGUCCUUCACCCCAUGGGCCCUAGAAUGAGGGUGCUAGCCAGCUCCUGCUGUGCCGAUCUACUCUGGGGCCUUCCUUUACCCCCCGAGGCCGAACCAAUGGCACCAACCCCGGGUCAUUAUGCUGCACAGACAACCCCAAGCCGGGCAUCUACAACAGUUUAUGGGCAGCAAGAUGACUCCACAGCAGACACCUGUCUACCAGUGUUUCAGGUGCGCUCCCCUGAACCCGCCACGCCAUCGGGCCGCCAUCGACCAGAGGGGCCUCUCAUCAAGAUCGACAUGCCCCGCAAACGUUACCCAGCCUGGGAUGCUCACUUUGUGGACCGGCGCCUGAGAAGGACCAUUAAUAUCCUGCAGUUUAUCAGCCCCUCGGCUGUAGGGAUCAGGUACAGGGACGGGCCACUUCUCUAUGAGCUCCUUCAGUACGAGUCCUCUCUGUGACCAUAUCCUCACUCCUCCACACUUUUUAUUUCACUUGUUCUGUUCUA